AUGGCGAAUGACAACGGCGGCGGCGCCGGACAGGGCGGCGGCGGCGGCGGCAGCGGGAGCAGCGGCGGCGGCGGAGGCGGCGGCGGCAGCGGCAGCAGCGAGCGGGACCGGCAGUACUGCGAGCUGUGCGGGAAGAUGGAGAACCUGCUGCGGUGCGGGCGCUGCCGCAGCUCCUUCUACUGCAGCAAGGAGCACCAGCGGCAGGACUGGAAGAAGCACAAGCUCAUCUGCCGCGGGGGAGGCGCGGCGGCCGCGGCAGGGGGCGCUGCGGAGCCUCGCGGCGCUCAGCCCCCGCCGCCCCGCGCCCACGGCUCCCGCAGCGCACGCGGCGCGCACGGCGCCGGGGCCGCGGGCCGCCCGGAUAAGGCGGCGGCGAAGGGAGCGGCGUCGGGCCCCGAGCCCUCCGGCGAGGCCGCCCCGCCGGACGACGACCGCGUCGCGGCGGCGGCGGCCGGAGGCGGAGAGGCGGCGGCCCCGGCCUCGGCUCCCGCCGCGGAGGCGGUGCUGCUGUACCGGGACAAGUCGAACCUGUACCCGGGCGGCGUGCAGGCGGGGCCCGGAGGGGCCGCGCUGCGCCCCAACGGGCAGACCAAGUCGCUGGUGCCUCAGCGGCUGGCGCUGGAGUACAUCGUGCCCUGCAUGAACAAGCACGGCAUCUGCGUGGUGGACGACUUCCUGGGCAAGGAGCUGGGCGGGCUGGUGGCCCAAGAAGUGCGAGCCCUGCAUCACACCGGCCGCUUCACCGACGGGCAGCUGGUCAGCCAGAAGAGCGACUCCUCCAAGGACAUCCGCGGCGACAAGAUCACCUGGGUGGAGGGCAAGGAGCCCGGCUGCCAGACCAUCCGCCUGCUCAUGAACAGCAUGGACGAUCUCAUCCGCCACUGCAACGGCAAGCUGGGCAACUACCGCAUCAACGGCAGGACGAAAGCCAUGGUGGCUUGUUACCCAGGCAAUGGAACGGGGUAUGUGCGCCAUGUUGAUAACCCAAAUGGAGAUGGAAGAUGUGUUACAUGUAUAUAUUAUCUUAAUAAAGACUGGGAUGCCAAGGUAAGUGGAGGCAUCCUUCGGAUAUUUCCAGAAGGUAAAGCCCAAUUUGCUGACAUUGAACCCAAAUUUGAUAGACUGCUAUUCUUCUGGUCUGAUCGCCGCAACCCUCAUGAAGUACAGCCAGCAUUUGCUACAAGGUACGCAAUAACAGUGUGGUAUUUUGAUGCAGAUGAAAGAGCACGAGCUAAAGUAAAAUAUCUAACAGGUGAAAAAGGUGUGAGGGUUGAACUUAAUAAACCUUCUGACUCGGUUGGGAAAGGCGUUUUAUAAGCCUUUGUUUUAGCCACUCCUCUUGCUAUUCUCCCUGAGAAACCUUGAUGCUAUCUAUUAACUUUUGAAUGUGAAUAACAAGGUAAAGGAAAAUCGACAACAAACCAACAUUUUAAUAAAGAAGCAUACAGUGUUUCCAUGUUGCAUCAAAUAGAAGAUUUUUUUGACUGCUGAAGCAUUGUACUAUGUGAUUGUCACUCCAGGCCUGUGACUGCUUAUGUGAAGAAGAUAAGCAAUCAGUAAGGAACAACAUAUGCAUCUGGACAUAAACAAGUGCCCUACAUAGAAUUUGUUCAUCCUUAUAUUUUGCCAGACCUGUCAUCCAGCUGAAUCAAAUUCAUCACUCCUUUUUUUAUAUGGUAAAAGUUUGAAUUUUGGGUAAUUUUUGUAUGACCAGGUACAGUUUAUCAAAAUUGAGUCUUAAAAAAAAGAAAAACAGAAAAAAAAAA